UGCCAAAUUGCUGCGAAUAAUCAGUGUCUAGCGGCAGCCGCCUGCUGGUGAUGUGGAGUGAUUGAUUAUUUUGAUUCUUAAUCUUAGAUCGGUGAAUACUCGAUUUUCUCGUAAUCAUGCCAACUAUUGGAGUGAAGCGAGAUUUACUCUUCAAAGCCCUCGGAAAAACGUAUACUGAUGAUGAGUUCAGUCACGUAUGCUUUGAAUAUGGCUUGGAGCUCGAUGAAGUUACAACAGAAAAACAGAUGAUUAGUAAGGAACAGGGUGCUGAUCAGUCUGUUGGGGCUUCAGAAGAAGUUUUGUAUCGCAUUGAUAUUCCUGCUAAUCGGUAUGACUUGCUAUGCCUGGAAGGACUUGUUCAAGGUCUUUCCGUGUUCCAAAACAGGAUACCCAUUCCCAAGUUUUUUAAAUCUGUCAAGUUAAACAUUGUUGAAGAGACAAAAAUUACCGUAAUGCCAGAUACUGCCCUGAUUCGUCCAUUCGUUGUUGCUGCAAUCCUUAGAAAUGUGACAUUUGAUGCCGAUCGCUAUGCACAUUUCAUAGAUUUACAGGAUAAAUUGCAUCACAACAUUUGUCGCAAACGCUCUCUUGUAGCCAUUGGAACUCAUGAUCUGGACACUAUAAAGGGACCAUUCAUUUAUGAUGCAAAACAUCCUGAGGAUAUUAAAUUUAAACCUCUCAACCAUGAUGCCGAGCUAAGUGCACCUCAAGUUAUGCAAUUGUACUCAACUCAUGCUCAGUUAAAAGCUUUCCUACCUAUCAUUCAGGAUAGCCCAGUUUAUCCUGUCAUAUACGAUAGCAAUGGUGUUGUCUUAUCUUUACCACCUAUUAUUAAUGGCCACCACUCUCGUAUCACACUGAAUACUAAGAACGUGUUUAUUGAAUGUACAGCUACUGACUUAACAAAGGCUCGUGUUGUGUUGGACACGAUAGUCUGCAUGUUUAGCCAGUACUGCUCAGAACAAUUUUCAGUGGAGGCAGUCAAGGUAGUUCAAAGUGAUGGUAGUGAGUCAGUCUUCCCAGAUCUGGCAUAUCGAUUGGAAACAAUUAAUGUGCAAAAGGCUAAUGCCUAUAUAGGAACAAGUCUUUCACCUGAAAACAUGGCAAAUCUUCUGUCUAAAAUGUGUUUAGAAAGUACAGUGAAAAACAGCACUGAACUGAGUGUGUGUGUACCCCCAACAAGGCAUGAUGUCAUCCAUGCCUGUGAUAUAUAUGAAGAUGUUGCUAUUGCUUAUGGAUACAACAACAUUAUAAAGACAUUACCACGCACUAAUACUAUUGCUCAACAGCUUCCUAUCAACAAGCUAUCAGAUCAACUUCGGGAAGAAGUUGCUCAGGCUGGUUUCACUGAAGCCCUUACAUUUGCUUUGUGUUCAAGAGACGAUAUUUCAUCCAAGCUUGGACGAAGCAUUGAUGAAGUCCCAGCUGUUCACAUUUCAAAUCCCAAAACUUUGGAGUUCCAAGCUGCUCGAACAACUCUCCUGCCUGGCCUGCUUAAAACACUGUCUGCAAACAAACGUCUUCCUCUGCCUCUGAAACUCUUUGAAAUCUCAGAUGUUGUUUUACGUGAUUCAAAUGCUGAAACUGGAGCACGCAAUGAAAGGAGGCUUUGUGCCUUAAAUUGCAACAAAACUCCAGGGUUUGAAAUUGUUCAUGGACUGCUCGAUAGAGUUAUGCAGUUACUUGAAGUUCCCUUCGUGAAAGAUGGUUCUGGAUAUACUCUACAGCCAGUGGAUGAUCCUGCAUUCUUUCCCCAGCGUUGUGCUGAAGUAGUGUACCAAGGCACAUCUAUUGGACGCAUGGGGGUGCUCCAUCCCUCUGUCCUAAAUAGUUUUGAUCUGGCAAAUCCUUGUUCAGCUGUUGAAAUUAAUAUUGAACCAUUCUUGUAACAUUGAAGUUCAAUACUUGUCGUUAUGCUGGUCACAUGUCUCUAAUUGCAUUAAUUUAUUCUGGGCAGACAAAAUAAAUCAUGGCUGAAGCAAAAA